GUCAUCAACACCAUAAACCUACCCCAUCAACGUAUCAUCUCGCUGCUGCAGAAUGUGAAUCGACAGCUUUAACUUGGUCCGAAGUUCUCCUUGUUUUACUAACCUAACCCAACAGUGCAGCAUAUCCUCUUUUUUCCCCUCCAUUUUCCUUGUCCAUUCUGUCGAGCACGACAUCUUUUUUGCUUCCUCCCGUUCACGAAACUGCAAGCAACACCCUUCCGUACAUAUCAUAUCUUCCCUGGGAACCUAAACUCAGUCAACAUGGAUCCUCAGUCUCCCCCCAAACGCAUGACCCGAGCUCGUGCUGCCGCAAAGGCAGGCGAGACCGGGUCGUCCAAGACCUCUCGCGUCACCACCGCAGCUUCCAGAGCCAAGGCUGCUGCCUCGGCCGGCCCAGUUAGUAAUAAGAGGAAAACUCGCUCGGACGAUUGCGAGGUAGAGCCACAAAACAAAGGACGACAGAGACAACAACUGAGACACGAAGAAGAAGAAGAACACAACGAAGCAACCCAGCGACCAGAAUCCGCCACACGCCUUACGAGGGCAACUCGAGGCCGGCCUAGGAAGAACCCUGAGCCUGCCACAGCAGAGUCUUCAUCAUCAUCAGCAACAGCAACAGCAACAGCAACAACAACUUCAACUUCCACGUCGGCCACCGCUCCAACCCGCGCCCCUCGCGCCAGGGCCGCCACUCGCAAGACUGUCGUCGAACCUCCUCGUCCAGAGUCGGUCAAGGUUGAGCCUUCCAAGCCCACCACCCGAGGACGGCCGAAGAAAACCCCGGUGUCCGAAGACGCCCCCACGUCCACCGCGCCAGACCCCCCCAAGAAAGCAACGACGCGUUCCCGUACGACCGUCUCAUCAACCGCGACUACCAUGUCCGCCACGACUACCAAGGAGAAGGUGAAGAAGAAGGUCACCUUCGAAGCACCCGAGAAGGAGAAUGUCGAUCCCGACGCCAGCAAAAAGUCUGCGUCUGCCGAUAAGGCUCCUGCUGCCACUGGUCUUCGCGCUCGCCCGGUGCGCAAAGCCCCGCUGCCGAGGGCCGCCCUUGCCGCUACCAGGGCCGGCUCGACCUCGACCUCGACCUCGGCCGCGGGCCCUGCGAGGGAGCCCAAGGCACCUCUGAGCCCUAAGAAGGUCACUCAGGUGCCAUACUCCCGCGACGAUUCAGAAGAUGAGCUUACCACCAUGGAAAAGGCCCCCGUUAGGUCCAUGGUCAAAGAUCCGGUCAAGCCUCCCGCGAGCGCCCUUUCUUCUUUCAGAAAGCCCAAUCUCCGACUCGAGCAGCCAGACUCGGUACCCGAGAAACCCCGGUCCGUCGAUGAGAAGGGGGAGGAGGAGCAGGAGCAGGAGCAGGAGGAGGAGGGUCUGCCUCGGAACGCUCUGACCAGCCCAGCUCGUCGCCUUGCCACAUCUCCGUCUAAGGAGAAGGAGUCGAUGAAGUCGCCCGCCAAACGGGGCGAGGGUCUCACACUCCCCAAGUUGUCUUCUGCCUCGGCUGCAAAUCCUAGCUCGGACGCCCACGCCACUCCCUUCAAAUCGUCUCUCCUCAACACGCCUGCCAAGCGCCCUCAAUCGGCUCUCAAGGGCUUCCACUUGAACCUUCCCUCCGCCAGCCGAAGCGCAUCCGACGAGAACGUCUCUGCUCGGAACCCUUCGUUCCUGAAAUCACCGGCCAAGCGGCCUCACAUGUCCAUCCUGCCUCGGCCUUCUCCAACCCCGGAAGAGCCUGUUGUGGAGGAGACCUCGUCUGCUGUGAAUAACGCGCUACCUGCCGUCGUGGCUGAACCGUCCGUCGAGAUGUCGGAGUCUCCCUCAGAAAAGCCGACUGCCCUGACGUCCUCCGAAAAACUCAUGAUCGAGGAGCACAGCGAGGAAGCGAUGAAUCAACUUGCCGAUGAACUGGACCUUCGCGAACCUCUCACACUUCACUUCCCCGGCAGGCUGUCUGCAGUUCUCCCCCGCCACGCUGACCCGGCCCUCAAGGACAGACCAGCCAUUCUUCACGAGCAAUUCGAAGGCCGGGCCGCCCAGUCAGCAGCACCGUCGCCCGAACCGCUUCAGAUUUCCUACCAGGAACCAUCAUCCGCCGAGGUUGUGGAUGUCGUUGACCCCAUGGUGGUAGAUGAGUCGGAUUCCCCUUCUCAGACGGCGUCGCAGCCGGCUGAUUCUACUACUACCCCUUCUGCCGCACUGUCCCGCUCUCCUCCGAAGGGUGCCUUCGGCCUGCGACAGAGGGAUAGGGAGCCCUAUCACGAUUUGGAUUCGGAGCCUGAGGACGACGACGCAACUUGUAAGCUACGAAUGAAUCAUCUGGCCUCAACGACUCCUGCGACCAGGUCAUCUCGACGCAGCCUGGCAUCAUCGGCUCGUGUGCCCACUGCUGGAUUCACCCCUCUUGCCCAACAACUCAGCGCCUGGUCCACCGCCAGUCCCGUCAAGACCACCAAGCAGUCUGUAACCCCGGGAGGCUUCGCGUCUCACGGCUCUCGUCCCAAGUCCCCCGAGCUCGAAGUGACGUCUGACGUCGAGCCGUCGCCCGUGAAGAGCACUUUUUUUGAGGACGAGAUGACUGUCCGCGCCGAGUCGGAGGCCCAGGAGUCCUUGAACGCCGCCAUUGACGCGGUUGACGCAAUUGACGCUGGCUUGAUGAGUGGCACUGAAGAGCCCGAGUUUGACGACAUUAUGGUGACCGACGAGGAUAUGGAACUGGCCGCCGAGGCCGAUGAGAUGUCCCUCCUGGAACCUGAACAGGUCUACCAUGGGGCGAACACCAAGAGCUUUGACGACUCUCUUUCCGAUGCGAGCCAGGAAUAUGGCGAUGAGAACGAGAUGCCCGUCGACCCUGCCCUGGCCCGUGCCGACACCCGGCCGAGCGUCUCCAUUCCCCCCAAUACCCCAAUGCGCACCCUUCACCGGGAGUUCCAUACCGUGUCCAAGGUUCCGCUCAAGCCCGCGGAUGACUCGACGCCUCGCCCGAGGAGGAAGCGCGCCGCCAGCAUUUCACGUCUGCCCGUCAGCCGCCCGACCCAGGGACUCACUAGGAGCGCCACCGUCAUCUCGUACUCUCCAAUGAAGAACAACAAGAUUGACGACGGGCAGGAAGACCCUGGAUCCGGCGGCCGGGGGACGUCGGCGCCCGCAACGCCGACCAAGUCGGAGGCGGCGUGGUCCAACAUGGGAACUCCCGCACGCACCCCACGCCGGGACCUCAACCCGUCGCUCCUCAGCGGCGCCGUCGUGUUUGUGGACGUGCACACCAGCGAGGGAGCCGAUGCCAGCUGUAUUUUCGUCGAUCUCCUCAACCAGAUGGGCGCCCGCUGCGUCAAGAACUGGGCCUGGAACCCGGACGGCACCGGUGGUUCCGACAAGGUUGGCAUUACGCACGUCGUCUACAAGGACGGCGGCAAGCGUACGCUGGAGAAGAUCCGUGAGACGAGGGGCCUUGUCCAGUGUGUUGGCGUCAGCUGGGUUCUUGACUGCGAGAGGGAGAACAAGUGGCUUGACGAACAACCGUAUUACAUCGACACGUCCCUGACACCCCGCGGGGGGGCUCGUCGUCGCAAGACCAUGGAGCCGAGAGCUCUGGAAAAGAUGAACGGCAUGCUGGCGUCCGGCUCCCCGACUAAAGGCCGGCGUCGCCACACGCAGACGGCGCCCAACACGCCGAUGAACCGACGCGACAGCACGGAAUGGAUGCACACGCCGUCCGACCGGGCCGAGGAAGGCGACGACGACGACGACGACCACUGGCAAGCCCUGCUGACGCCGGUUCCCGUCACGCCGGCGCCGGAUGCCCUGGCGCGGUACGCGGCCGAGCUGACGCCGGAGACGCCCACGAUGGCGUUCGACUUUGACGAUUCGCCUUCCAAGAAGGCUGGGCUCAUGACGUGCCCGUCCAAGCCCAGCACGUACAGCGAGAUGGGCCGGGGUAUCCUGGACAGGGAGAAGGAUGAGAGUGUGUUGAUGAGGCUGAUGGCUGCGCGCCGGAAGAGCUUGCAGUUUGCGCCCAAGGUUAGCAGCCCGUUGUCCAAGGCUUGGUGAAGCAUUUUGUUCUAUUUUUGUAUGGAUAUUUGGCGUUUGGCGGGGGGGACACCCGACCGGUGGAUAACUCGGGAGGCGUUGGAUUACGGGUAUUAUUUCUUCUUCUUUUGCGGACCGGAUGGUAUUCGCUGUAGCUGUCCUCAUAGAAGAACUAACUAGCCAAACGCAUAACACGUCCCUGGAAGAUGUCUUGUGGUCAAUUAUGUGCUCGCGCUUCUUCUCAGCGGCGUUCACAUGCUGCACCUAUUUCCGCAGUGCACCUGUUGGCACCUGCGAGUUAGAGUGAUAAUAAGGUACCUUAUGUAAUAAUCCC